AUGAAAUAUGAUUCUUAUCCAACCUCCUCUAGAUGGUCUCACACCUAUGGCGAAAACCGAGGCCAGCGAUCAACAUCGUUACCUGGUCGAAGUAUCAUGGCGCAGUCCCUUGUCGGCUCACCAGUGCUACCACGACAUGCUGCAGCCCAGGAUCGUCCUUCAGCAGUAUUGGAUCGAUACCAUGUAUCGCCACUGAUGAAUAGGCGAGCACCUUUACGGGCAGCUGGUCCAGGUAUUAAUGUGGAUAGGUUGAACGUCAAUAGUCUCACGGGUAUUCUUUUUGUGCAGGUAUUGGAAGGUCGCGGGUUGAAAAUUCCAGAAAAACAAAAAGCUGUUACUGAAGAAAUGUAUUGUGUAUUGGAAGUUGAUGAACAACAUCGAGCACGAACCGGCGUGUCAACGGCAGAGCAACGGUUUCGAUGGCGAGAAACGUUUCAUAUCGAUGUCUUCAACGCUACAGUCACACAUUUCUUCGUCUACUCUUGGCAUCCGCAGUUUAGGCAUAAAUUGUGUCACAAGGGGUCGCUGAAAUUGCUGGAAGCGUUCAUUGUCGAUCAGUUAAAUGGAGAUAGAAUGUUUGCGUUGAAUCUGGAACCCCGAGGGCAGUUAAUUGUGCGGAUAGGAUUUCACGACAUGAGAACGGUGUUUCGACGUACUGUCAAUCCUAGAAUGGAUGGGGUUUUUGGUGUACCUCUUGGUCGAUUGUUGUCUCGGGAACGGCGGGAAACCCCAAUCGCACUCACUCGGCUUAUACAAGAGAUCGAGAGACGUGGAGUCGACUGUAAUGGAUUGUACAUUUGUGAGUUUCUUUGGCGCUUUUUAUCGAAUUAUCGGACAGAAGACAUUAUCGUGCAGAGUGAUCCACUAUGCGGCUCGGUAGAGAAAAAGAGAGUGCUGCGAGAUGAGCUUGAGGCGAAUCCAUUAGGAUGUGAACUUUCCAUCGACAGUGUUCCUGACACGAACGUGCUUGCUUGUCUCAUUAAG